UCGGAAUGGCCAAACUGUUGCUGCCCGAAACACAGAAGGCUCCGCUUGCAAGCGCGAACGCCAAGCCGCUCGUCAGCUCUGAGAACACGGUAUUCGAGGCUGGCUCCAAUGGCGUGAUUGGGGCGCUACCCAAAGUGGCGCACAUCGUGGUCGCCUUGAUCGUGUACACCGCUGUACUGCACAUGGCCGACGCCGUCUUCGGGAGCAUGCUCCUGGCUUUGGGAUUUGCUGUGCGUCUAAAGGAGCUGCUGGGGAUCCUCUUCUCGCCGGUAUCGUUCGCCUUCGGUUUGACAGGCCGCGACGCUGUGCAAGUGGGCUACCUGCUGGCGGUGCACACGAUAGGCAGCGAAGUCCUCGCCUUCAUCGAGCUCAACAAGAUGAACGCGGCUGGCGCCAUAUCGAAGCGUGCAGGCGUGCUGUCCACGUAUGCGCUCUGCAGCUCCUCAUGCCUGGGCCAAGUGCCAGCCGUGACCAGCGUGCUCAACGACAUGGCGCCACAGAACCGCAUCGCCGACAUCCAGAGCGUCUGCUGGAGGGCGCUCUUCACCGGAUGUCUGAGCACCUGGCUGAACACUUGCAUAGCAGGCUGCUUGGUCACAGACUGAGUGAGAGGUCGAAGAAGAAACCGCGUGUGGCGAGCAGACCCCACAAUUACUGAAGCUGUUGUUGUUUGACACGCAUGAUCUUUGGACUCGUGCAACACUCUGCUACAAAGCGAGAGACAAGCGGUCAUCUCGCGUUAUUUUCUCCUUGAUUGUUCGUGUAUUUUAUUAUUGUGCUGCUAUUUUGCGAACUUUUUUAUACGCGCUAUCGAAAGACCGAAACGCAAA